AUGGCGAGUUUCAGGAGGGAUCCACGAAGGGCCGUCGGCGUCGUCGUCGUCGAUGGCGGCGGGGAGGAGGAGAUGGUGAUGGUAGGAGAAGAAGAAGGGGAUGAGCGAGCAAAGGGCACUGGCCAGGGCGUGACAGGAACCAGGAUGAAAACCCUACAACUCAGAUUUUAUAUAUUGCAUUUUGGAUCUGAAACCGAUAUUAAUAUCCCUGGUUGUCAAACCGCUAAAUUACCGCUUAUGACCACACCGAUGCCCCAAGAUAUUUUUAAUAUCUCUGACGAUACGGAUACACGGCUUGUGAAUUAUCGAAUUAUUGGUGGGUGGUUGGCAACUCUCUGGCAACUUGGACUUGACAUCGACGGUGGACGAGUGUCACAUACGACGUCUGCCGACGGGAUACCGCUGCGACCAGACGGUCGACCGAUAGUUUUUCAAGUUACGGCAGGUUAUCGAUGGAAUACCACGGUCGCCGGCGACGUCAAUAGGCAAAAGACUACCAAGAAAACUAGAAGUCAGUCCGCCAUACUUCGAUGGGUCAAGAAGCAGAUCUUCACCUCCGUCCGCACAUCGCUAUCACCUGCUCUCCGAGUGAGUACCUUAAUCUACUUCGAUAAUGGCGUCAGCACCACCGGUCGACUUGCUGGCGAGCUCCUUGAGAGUAAAGCACAGACCACCGCAGGAACAGUCCGAUACCCCAGUCACGUCCAUGCCUCGUCGCGGUCUCACGAGCAAGGCGUCGGCCCUACGCAGCUGAGGACAUAUCGGAAUGAAGUAACCGCUUCGGACAUCGUGUUUGCAGAGUAUCUCGGCGUGCUAAAUUUUUACGCCGUUGAUGCAACCUGUGAUCAACAGCCUCCGAAGACUAAUGCUGGUCUUGCCUACCAGCCACUUAUCUCAGCGUUCUACCGGUAUAUAUAUCUACGUAGACCACUCCUAUUCAGAAUUUAG